CUUAAACCACCACCACUUCAUCACAACAUUUACAACUCGACUGCCUUCACCAUUACAUUUAGUUCUGUUUUCUUUCUUUGCUCUGUACCUUCUUAGUGCCGUCGAUCCUUCAAAAUAUGGCCUGUAUCUAUUCGAAGCAAGUCCCCCAGGAGCUAAUCGACAAAAUCGUUAACGAGCUGCAUGAACAUCGAAAAUCGCUCGAGUCCUGUAGCUCCGUUUGCCGUGCAUUCCGUUCCCCAGCCGAAGCCAUCCUCUUUCGACAAGUCUCGUUAAACGGCUACGACAACCCUAUAUUCCGCCUUUCUCAAACUACUCCCCGUGUCUUGGACUGUGUUAGGGAAGUAACUAUCCACGAGUCCGUAGAAACUCGUCCGAAUGCCGACGCCGUCGCCGUCGCAAAAGCUGUCGCGGCUUUCGUCAAUUUGAACACCGUCAAGAUUACAGGAAUGACUUGGGUGCCGGGUUCUUACCGUAUCCCUGCCGAGGUGAUGUCUGCGUUCGCAACUCUGCCCAUUAGAACUCUCGUCCUCGACGAAGUCAUCUUUCGAUAUAUCAUCCAAUUCUCAUCCUUCAUGGAUACUUUUUCCGGCGUUGAAGAUAUCACUCUCAAGCACGUCUAUUGCCACCUUGUCUCGAAAAACGAUAACCCCCCAACCUCGUCUCGAACAAAUGACAUCCACUCGUUGCACUUGUCCGUGAACGAAAUCUCGUCGAAUGUACUUCGCAUGGUUGCCGACGGUCGCCUUGGGUCUUUGGCGAAGCUAAAAUCUCUGACUUACGAAGGACAUCCGAAGGGCAAGGAAGUUCCUCCUUUGCUCACUCUAGUUCAGAAUCCUUCACUCCAGUACCUUCGCGUUACCGGCGAUAUACCGGCCGCCAAUUUGUCGCACAUCGAGACCCUUGCUAUUUAUCUAACAAAAGAAGCCAACACACAGGAGUUUCGCAUCUCUUUGGGCCUUUGGAUGGACAGCUUGGCCUGUGGUGAAGUAUUGUCGUUAAAGAAAAUAACGAUACGUCUGAGCCUGGGACACCAGAUCUCGGCAAACGACGCUAAAAAAUGGGCUGAGCUAGACAAUGUGAUAUUGGCGUCGCGCUUUCCGGAACUCGUCUCGUUUCGCGUCAUACUGAAGGCGAAUGCGGGUAUUGAUGCUGAGCAGACGAAGGAGCUUAUUCUGAGUCAUUGUCCUACUCUUUGUACCCUGAACGUGUUCACCGUGGGCAUGGAAGGAUCCCCAGAGCCCUUGGAUGAUGGUGGAAGUGAGGAUGAUGACAGUGACUGCUGAGCUUGUGGAAGUCGUAGAACGAGCAGAUGGACCAUCGUGAUUGCUUGGAAGGGGGCUUGGUCGGGAUAUUCGGGGCGUGCAAC